AUGAAAUCGUCCAUAUGUAUCUGUACUGCGGCCCUGGCGGCCGUCGGGCAGGCCACAGCAAAUCACCCAUUGUACAAGAACCCCCACGCUUCCGUUGACGACAGAGUAUCGGAUCUGCUCAAACGCAUGUCUGUCAAGGAAAAGAUGGCUCAAUUGAUUCAAGGCGACAUGUCCAACUAUCUCGAUCUCACAUACGGCACGUUCAACAAAACGGGUCUCGAGUGGAAUAUGGAAUACCGAGCCAAUUCAGUCUGGACGGGUUAUUAUACCAACAUGACCACAGUUAAAAAGGCUGCCCAAUUGGCACAAGAUUAUCUGGCCAAGGAAACAGAAUUAGGCAUUCCGGCUUUUGUCCAGAGCGAAGGCCUUCACGGAUUUUUGGGAUUGAAUGCCACUAUUUUCAACUCUCCCAUUGGUAUGGCGUGCUCAUUCAACCCCGAACUCGUAGAAGAGAUGGCAAGGGCCAUUGCGACGGAGAGUCUGGCCCUCGGAGUCAAUCAACUUUUCGCUCCACUAGCUGAUCUUGCUCGAGAGUUGAGAUAUGGCCGAGUGGAGGAAUGUUUCAGCGAGGACCCUUAUCUAACUGGAGAGAUGGCAUACAGCUUUGCCAAAGGACUUCAGGAAAAAGGUGUUUCGGCAACAAUCAAGCAUUUUGCUGCUUUUGCAUCGCCGGAGCAGGGCAUCAAUACUUCUCCAGUACACGGCGGUGAACGGGAGCUACGGUCUCUCUACCUCCCAUCAUUUAAGAGAGCCAUCAUCGACAGCGGCGCCACUUCUAUCAUGUCAUCUUACAAUUCAUACGACGGCGUUCCAAUGGUUUCAAACUCGGAAGUCCUUACUGAUAUCCUUCGAGGAGAAUGGGGAUAUAAAUACUUCGUCAUUUCCGACGCUGGUGGCACUGCUCGCCUUGCCAAUGCAUUUUAUGUCUGUGAAAUUAAGGACAAUGACUGCAUCACUCUAGAGGCCCUGCCUGCUGGCAACGAUGUCGAGAUGGGUGGUGGAUAUUUUAGCUUCGAAUCUAUCCCUGAACUGAUUGAGUCCGGCAAACUAAGUGAGAACGUCUUGGAUACCGCCGUUUCUCGUGUGCUUCGCGCGAAGUUUACCCUGGGACUCUUUGAGAAGCCUUUCACCGGAGUUUCCGACAAAGACAUCUUCAAGUACAUCAACACCAAAGAACACAAACAAAUAGCCCGACAACUUGAUUCGGAGAGCAUUGUGCUCCUUGAGAACCACGGAAAUGUCCUGCCCUUGAAGAAGGAUGCCAAUGUCGCUGUAAUUGGUCCCAUGGCUCAUGGCUAUGUCCAGUAUGGAGACUAUGUAAUUCACACUGCAAUGACCCGAGGCGUCACUCCCCUCGAUGGCAUCAAUUCUGUCAGCAAAGGCAAAGUCACGUAUGCCAAGGGUUGUGAACGCUGGUCUAACGACGAAUCUGGAUUUGACGAGGCUAUUGCAGCCGCCGAAGCAUCGGAUGUCGCCAUCGUCGUUGUUGGAACCUGGUCUCGCGACCAGAAUGAGCUUUGGAGUGGCUUUAAUGCGACUACUGGUGAGCAUAUUGACGUCAGCAACCUGAACCUCGUUGGUGCCAUGCCUCGCUUGGUCAAGGCCAUCACCGAGACUGGAAAGCCUACCAUCGUUGUCUACAGCUCUGGAAAGCCCAUUACCGAACCGUGGAUAUCGGAGGAGGCAUCAGCACUUGUUCAACAAUUCUACCAGUCCGAGCAAGGCGGUUAUGCUCUUGCGGACGUUCUAUAUGGCAACGUCAAUCCUUCAGGAAAACUCUCUGUGAGCUUCCCGUAUGAUGUUGGAACUCUGCCCAUCUACUACGAUUACCUCAACUCUGCGCGGUCGUACCCCAAUCCCGGCCAUGUGUAUGACAACGGCACAAUCGUCUUUGGCAGUACAUAUGUUCUAGAGAAUCCCACUGCUCUCUACGAAUUUGGAUAUGGCUUGUCGUACAGCCAAUUCAAGUUCUCUGAUAUUUCCGUUUCAAAAUCUCGAGUGUCUGCAUCUGAUACUGUAACUGUUUCUGUGAAGGUUACAAACACAUCACAACGAGAUGGUGCAGAGGUUGUUCAGCUUUACGUCAAGGAUGUGCUUGCGUCUGUGGAUGUGCCACGAUACCAGCUCAAGGGCUUCAAAAAGGUCACUGUCAAGGCUGGCAAGUCUACAACAGUCAAGAUUGACCUUGCAGUGGAGGAUUGGGGUCUAUGGAACCGCAAGAUGCAGUACGUGGUUGAGCCUGGAGAGUUCACUGUGCUUGUAGGGAACUCAAGUGAGAACUUCCAAGGCAAUGUAACAGUCACCGUUUCGUGA